AUGACAGAACCAGCAUCCAGAAAACAAGGAUUCAAAAAGUGUCGGAGUGCCACUUUCAGCAUUGAUGGCUUCAGCUUCACCAUUGUCGCCAAUGAAACCAAAGAGAACGUCCCUCGUCCUCUGGCUCGCUUCUCACGUUCUCGCUCCCAGAAUGCACUGGGCACUGCCGUCACAGCUGUGGCCGGACUCGCGGACCGGAAACCUCCCGCGGACCCCCGCAGUGCGGAGGAGAUCCUGGACGAGGAGCUGCCGGGUCCUGAUGCUGCCGACGCCCUGGAGAAGGCUGCAGUCAGGUUGCGGUGUCUGGUGAAGCAGCUGGACCGCGGAGAGGCGUCGGUGGCGGAGCUGAAGAAGAGCCUGGAGUACGCUGCAUCCGUCUUCGAGUCUCUGUACAUGGAGGAGAGCAGGCGGCUGGCGGAUCCCGAGGACGAGCUGAGCGACAUCCAGUCGGACUCCGUGCCGGUGGAAGUCCGUGACUGGCUGGCUUCAACAUUCACCCGCCAGAGGGGUUUGGUGGUGCGCCGCAACGAGGACAAGCCACGCUUCCGCAGCAUCGUCCACGUCGUGCAGGCUGGGAUUUUUGUGGAGAGGAUGUACAGACGGACAUCCCAUAAUGCCUGUCUCAGUUACCCUCCAAAUGCCAUUGCUGUCCUCAAGCAUGCAGACACCUGGUGCUUCGAUGUGUUCGCUCUGAAUGACGCCAGUGGAGACCACGCUCUGAAAUUUGUUUUUUAUGAGCUUCUCACAAGAUACGACGUCAUAAAUCAUUUCAAGGUCCCAGUUUCUGCUCUGCUGUCAUUUGUGGACUCGUUGGAGGUCGGCUACAGUAAACACAGGAAUCCCUACCAUAACCUGGUGCAUGCGGCAGACGUCACUCAGACCAUCCACUACCUACUGCUCAAGACCGGCAUGGUGCACUGGCUAACAGAGCUGGAGAUCUUUGCGAUUAUUUUUGCAGCUGCCAUCCAUGACUACGAGCACACUGGGACCACCAAUAACUUCCACAUACAGACCAGGUCACAUGAAGCCCUGCUGUACAACGACCGCGCUGUCCUGGAGAACCACCAUGUGAGCGCCGCGUAUCGUCUUCUGCAAGAGGACGACAUGAAUAUGCUGUCUAAUCUUUCCAGAGAUGACUGGAGGGAACUGCGGAACCUGGUGGUGGAGAUGGUGCUAGCCACUGACAUGUCCUGCCACUUCCAGCAGAUUAAAGCCAUGAAGAACUAUCUGCAACAGCCUGAGUCCAUUGACAAACCCAAGGCCUUGUCCCUGCUGCUUCACACUGCUGAUAUCAGCCACCCUGCCAAACGCUGGGAGCUGCACCACCGCUGGACGGCCUCUCUGCUGGAGGAGUUCUUCAGACAGGGGGAUAAAGAAGCAGAGCUGGGUCUGCCGUUCUCUCCUCUGUGUGACCGUAAAUCCACCAUGGUGGCCCAGUCACAGAUCGGCUUCAUUGACUUCAUUGUGGAGCCGACAUUCACUGUCUUGACAGAAAUGAUUGAGAAAAUUGUGACACCGCUCAUUGAGGAGGCAUCUCAGGCUGCCGUCAACCAGUCCAGCAGCAGGAGCGGCAGUGAGGGGAAACCUUCCAGCAAGAAGAGCGGCGGCUCGGAGGUCAGCUGCUCGCUGACCACCGUGGACCUCCACAGCUUCAAGGGCACAUGGAACCAAGAAAUCCAGAAGAACCGAGAGAAGUGGAAAGCCCAGGCCAAAGACGCCGUGUCCUCCCCCAGACGCCGUGUCCUCCCCCACACGCCGUGUCCUCCCCCAGACGCCGUGUCCUCCCCCAGACGCCGUGUCCUCCCCCACACGCCGUGUCCUCCCCCAGAUGCCGUGUCCUCCCUCAGACGCCGUGUCCUCCCCCAGCCGCCGUGUCCUCCCCCAGACGCCGUGUCCUCCCCAGCGAUCACCAUCAGCCAGCAGAAGUCCCGAGUGGUGGACUGUGGUGGAUCCACUGAGAACCGACUGAACAUGGACUGA